AUGAAAGUGUUUCAAUUCUCCAAAUCUACUUUCCAAAACAUGGUGUAUAGCAACAGCACACCGAUUCAAAAUUAUUUAUUAUUCGGAAUGAAUAUUUCCAACAAGAGUUUUUUCCAUCAUUAUUUUAAAUCAUUUGAGGAAAAACAAUCAUUCUCAAAACAAUUCAAUGAUGCUAGAAAAGACAUGCUUCCAGAGGAAGCUGCCAUCUUUGAGAAAAUUGUUCUCAACAGAAAAGCAAUUAAAUCAUUUAUACCCGAUAAACCUGUUCCACCAGAAGUGUUAAGUCAUAUUCUCGGACUCACACAACGUGCUCCAUCCGGAUACAAUCUUCAACCAUGGGUCGCUGUGGUUGUUUCGGAUCCCGAGAAACGCAAAGCUCUCUACACAGCCUCUCUUUCGCAACAGAAAAUAUUGGAAGCACCCAUUACGGUUGUAUUUGCUGCUAACUUGAAUGCUCUGGCCAAUCAGAGCAAAGUGAUAUCAAUGGGAGUUCAAAAUGGGACCAUGACAGAGAAAGAAGCUCAGCAAAUGUAUCAAAAGACAACAGCUUACUUAGGUACUGGACCUUUGUGCUUGUUUCAAUUGGCUAAAUUUAUUGGUGGCUCAGUAAUAAGCAUGUUCAGACCAAUGAUCGUUCCUCCAAUCAAUAUGAAAGCUCAUGUUUGGAAACACACCAUGUUGCCUGUACAAACAUUCAUGUUUGCAGCCAGUAGUCAUGGCCUUGAUACAUGUCCAAUGGAAGGCUUUGAUGAAAGACGAGUACGUGAAAUUGUUGGUCUUCCAUCGAAUUUUUCAGUGCCGGUUAUUGUCUCUCUCGGUUACGCAUCUGAUCAUCCCAUUAAUCAUAAACCUCAGUCUCUUAGAAUACCACCAGAAGAUCAAUAUUUUGAUAAUCAAUAUGGAAAUCACAAGAAGGAUGUCAGAUCGUUUAAUGACGUUGUUCUUAAAUCAAAGAAGUCCGAAGAAUAA